ACUGAGGUCACCUGAACGCUGCUGGCCAUUCUGAAUUCACUUCUGCUGUUGAACUUGACGAGUGUAGCUGUGUUACCUAAAAAGUUGAACGGUCUGAGGCCCAAUCCCGUGGAAAAUAACCUGUGGAGAAUAAAUUGUUGGAGAACCGACCAAAAGUACUAACGAGUGUUACGUGGAGGAGACGAUGUCUUCCAGUGGACCCCCUGCGGUGGAGCCCCUGCUGAGCAGAGUCAGACGGUGGAUCCUUGCCUUUGCAAGUGAACCCCUCUGGCCCCUGUUCGCUGACCGCCCUGUUGUCCAGAGGGCCCUCGACGACGUGGUUCUUCCGGAUUACGAGGACGAGCUGAAGGAGGCCGAGCCCCCCAGAGGGGACGGUGAGCCACAGGUUCCUCCUCCUCCUCCCUUUGCUGCUCCCUACCCUGCUCCCUACUCUCACCCCUAUGCUGCUGCUUCCUAUGCCGCUGCUCCCUUUCCUCCUCCCUUCCCCCCUCCCUUUGCUGCUCCCUACCCUGCUCACUACCGUGCUCCUUACCCUGCUCCCUACUCUCACCCCUAUGCUGCUGCACCCUAUGCUGCUGCUCCCUACCCUGCUCCCUAUGCUGCUCCCUAUGCUGCUGCUCCCUUUGUUGCUCCCUUUGCUGCUCCCUACCCUGCUCACUACCUUGCUCCUUACCCUGCUCCCUACUCUCACUCCUAUGCUGCUGCUUCCUACUCUGCUCACUACCUUGCUCCUUACCCUGCUCCCUAAUCUCACACCUAUUCUGCUGAACGCUAUUGCUGCUUCCUAUGCUGCCAGUCCCUAUGCUGCUGCUCCCUAUGCUUAUGCUUUUGCUGCCUUUGCUGACCCUUUAACGCUGACCCUCACGCUGACCCUCACGCUGAACUUAACGCUGACCCUCAUGCUGACCUUAACGCUGUCCCUCAUGAUGGUGAUGAUGAUAUGAACGAUGAAAUUAACCGUAUGCUUCAAAGAUACAGGUUAGGGCUCCCCGAUGAGGAGGAGGACUCUGACAUCGAUGUCGUGGGUGAGUUUGCGUUACAGGUCCCUUUACUGGACAUUGAAGACAUCGGGCCAGUGCCCCCAGAAGACUCUUUUGAGGAGCUCCUGGAUGCAGAUGUUCUUGAAUCUCCCUCAACUUCUGGCCUCGACUCCUCGGCAAAACGGCGCAGGGACGAGAGCGACGGGGAGGAGUCUGCUGCGAAGAGGGCGCGGUAGUCUGAAGACAGCGACUCUGAUUGACAAUCCUCCGGGAAGCUUCGGAGCAACCACUGAGUCCACUUGCAGCAGGAACAGUGGUUGCCAUGGUAGCCUUUGCGUCUGGCAGGGCUAGUGUCCCCCAUGUAGCGUCUUGCAUUGGGGCUUUUCUGUAUUAUGUAGUCAUAUUUGCACAAGACAUCGGUCAACCUUUAUUUCAUCCUGAGGCCUUUGCGUCUGGCGGGGCUGUUGACCCCUUCUGCAGGUACUGGUAUCCUUUGCGUCUGGCAGGGCUUGUGUCCCCCAUGUAGCGUCUUGCUCUGGGGCUUUUCUUCUUCUUUGCGCGGUGGAUCGAUCAACUUUUCUUUCAUCCUGACGGCCGGCCUUUGCGACUGGCUUGGCCGGCGCUGCCUCAGGUAGCCUUUGCGUCUGGCAGAGGCGUUGACACCCCGAGCAUGUAGCCUUUGCGUCUGGCAGGGCUGAAGAAGACAAAAAUGCUUUUAUGUCUCGUUUUAUGCCUCCCCCUCCCCCACAGUGUCCACAUUCCUUUACAGGUUAAGAGUGAAGGUAUCAGUGAAAACUGACAAACAACAGAGUAAGUAGAACUCCCAAGGUUAGAAAUGCCUUCAUAUGGCCAAAUAUAGUGUAUGCCGUUAUGGAAAUUCAUAAUAUUCAAAUAUUUACAAUUACUUCCCAUACUAAUUAUGUUUUUAUCCCAUUUGGCCGUGUGAAAAAGUAAGUACCAGCGUCUGUUUUGUUCAGACAGUGACCUAUAACAUGAAUACAAAGUAAUAUUAUUUACUACAAACUGCCUGCUUCAUCUAUUUGUUCAUAGAUCAUUUUUUAUUAUGUCGUGCAAAGAUAAUUUGUUAUAUAACUUACCAUUAUGUGUUGUUACCUCUCUCACUUUGCCACCUGAGAUGCUGCUGUUCAAUGUGGACGAAAAAGGUAAGUAACUUAGAAUAAUCUGUAACCUACAGGCAACGUUAGAAGUAGGUUCUUUUAUUCUAUUGUGAAUCUGUUUAUGCACUUUGUAUGUUGACUCUAUUAUGCAAAUAUUGUUUUUACUAACCAAUACUUUAACCACACUCCAACUGAGCUGCUGCUGUUCACCGAGGACCAAAAGGUGAGUGUGAGCAUAACGACUAUAUAUCAUCACCAAGUUUAUCUGUAGAAAUAUAGGAAUAUAAUUAGAGUACGAGCUUGUGACCUGUAAGAAUAAGAUAAAACCUGAGUAACUUGGUUGUCCGCGUUACAUCACCGAUUCAAUAAUCAAAAUGUAAUAUGUGUUACUCACUGUUAUUUUUAACAGGCCGCUACCUCUCGCUGUGGACUAAAAGAUGAGUAAGAGUAUCUGACUUCUGUAAUAUGUAUAUAAAGUAAUGUGUGUUAUUGUGUAAACCAGCUCUUUGUGCACCUCAGUACCCUUAAACUGUCACUAAUUCAAUAACUCAAAGGUGUUUGUGCCCCAGACAGAAAAGUGUCAAUAGUGAAUGAUAACAUCAAUAUUUAGGUGUAUUUGCUGGCCUUUCUCAGUCUGACGUCCACACAGGGAGCAGCAAAGGAGGAAGAGCCGGACUCCGGGUUCCUGCAGGACAUCCAGGGCUACACGUUGAACACUAAAAAGAAACGCCCACAUUCCACUCCCAGGACAAGAUGGAGAGCAGCUAAGUUGAACUACUUCCUGUUCUUCUGUUUCAGAGACUCAACUUCCUGCACUACAUCCAGGGUGACCAUGACGACAGAAGACAAUCGCUCACUCCCGACCAGGUGAGAAGGACCGCGACCAGAGGAGAGCUUUAGGCGUCCACGGUUCAGUGGAGGCAGCACUCCUGUUGUAUCCUUUGGAAAUCCUCGUGGUCCUGAGAGUGGAUGUAAACAGAAGUGUAAGCAGCCGUCCACUCAGAACAUUUCUCCACCUCACUGUUUAG